AUGAACUCAGUGAAGACAUUGUCAAUGCUAUAACUUGUAUCAUUAAAAUGAUAUGUUUACCAUCUAUUAUUUAUUAUACAAUAUAUUUUUGUUAUCGGUGUUAAAGAAAAUGUAAGUUGUGUUCUGUUGGAAUGGGAGAAGUUUGGUACGCUUCUUUGUGGUGUUUUGUUUCACCCACUACCUGUGAACAUAGUCGGCCUGGCGGGUUGUCUAAGCCGGCCCACCAAUGUACUGUGGGUUGUUGUGUUGGGUGGUCCUCUGUGCUACAGACGGAGAAUGUAGGGACGCCCUGGACUUCAUGUCGGUUGGUGUGUUGGUUGGUCCUCCAUGCUACAGGUCAAAACACUUCAAGCAAUAAACACCUGUUACGAUUUGUGGUUUAUUACACAUUUGGAAUCCCCAACAUUUCGACUUCAACCACAAUGUGCUGGCAAGAGGAGAUGGAAUUGUUAAAGAGGAAGAGGGCCAUUGCCAAAGGGAAAUUCACAAGAAAGGUGACCCUGCUGGAUGAGGGUGUGCGGGAAGGUGAGCCAGUAUCAGUAUUGAAGAGUAACUAUGAACAGAUUUCUGAGGCCUUUCAACACCUAGAAGACAGUAAUGAUGUGAUAUUAAAAUAUGUGUGUGAUAAUAAAUUAGAAGACAAGUUAGUUAAGGAGGCUGAAGAAUACAUGCUAGAUUGUGAAAGAAUCAUGAAGAAAAGACUAACAGAAAUUAGUAACAUUGAAAACAUACAGAACAGUGUCAAGCCUAAAGUGAAGAUAAAGGCAUUUGAGCCUCCUAAAUUUGAUGGGAAUUUAAGAGAGUACCCUCGUUUUAAGGAGGACUUUAAAAAUCUAGUCAAAAGUGUGUAUGGUGAAGAUGCGUAUGCAUUGAAAAUGUGUCUCAGUGGUGAUGCCCUUCAGACUGUCAGAGGUGCAGAAGGUAAUUAUGAAGAAAUGUUUGAAAGGUUAGAUGACAAGUUUGGAAAUGCAAGAAAGGUGGUGGACUUGGUAAUAAGUGACCUUAGGGCUUUGAAAAGGAUCAAUGAAGGUGAUACCAAAGGAUUUAUAAGGAUGGUGGAUCAGGUGGAACAGUGUUGGCUAGAUUUGAAAAAUAUAAACUUGAAUGAGGAACUUAAUACUGCUAAUGUAGUCAGUCAUAUUGAGAAGGUGUUGCCCACACUUCAGAAGAGGGAGUGGGUAAUAAAGGCAGAAGAAGUAUCUGCUACUAGUGAUCUCUUUCCCACUUUAUUGAAAUUUCUGCAAAGGGAGAGAAAGGUAUUGGAGUAUAUGAAUUCUAGUGUCAGAUCUACUGGCGGUGAUAGAAGUUCAGUACAUCAUGUAAAUAAUUCAGCUGACAAGGUCAUGGAGUCAGAUCUGGUAACACUAAUAAAACAGAUGAAGGAAGAGCAACAACUAAAGAAUAAAGAUUUAGAGUCAUGUAUUGUAAAUUUGACGGAGAUGGUGAAAGGUACCCACUUGAAGACUGGAAAUAAUGAGGGAGGAUGCUGGAUUCACAAUUCCAGGAACCAUGAUACUCUUGAUUGUUAUAAAUUUAAGAAUCUCAGCAACAAGGAGAGGUUUGAGUUAGCUAGAAGCAAUGGAAUAUGUUUUAAAUGCUUAAAGGGAUAUCAUCAGGCAUGGAAUUGUAAUACAAACAAGUUGUGUGAUGUCAGGAUCAGGGGUCAAGGUGUGUGUAACCGUCAUCAUCAUCCACUGGUGCAUUUUGAACAGGAAGAAGGUGCUAGUCAUAAUACAGUAUCUGCAAACACUCUGAACACCUUAUUGAAUAUCAGUACUGUGUACAGUAACACUCAACCUAUAACUGUACUGUGGGAUUCAGGUUCUGACAUAACCUUGGUGACACACAGUAUGGCAGAAAAACUAAGUUUGAAGGGCAAGGAUGUGAAUUUAUCCAUGAUCAAGGUUGGCAAUGUAAUUGAACAUCAUUCUACCAAAGAAUAUUGCAUACCACUGAUUGAUAGGACUGGGCAUGUAUGGGAAAUUAAUGCCAUUGGUAUAGAGGAAAUAUCUGCUAAAAUCAAUGAAUUUGAUGUGUCAGGAGUUAAGGAGUUAUUUGUAGGAGUAUCAAACCAUGAUAUUAAUCGCCCUUGUGGUGAGAUUGACAUGCUGAUUGGGGCCAAUUACAGUGAAUUAUUGCCUAAAGUUGUUCAGACUAAUGAAGGUCUUCAAUUGUUAGAGAAUCCAUUUGGGUUCAGUAUACGUGGCAGACACAGCAAAAUAAUAGCCUCAGGGAGCACGACGAACCAUGUGAUUGUGAGAACUCACAAGGUGUCAAGCUCAAUAAGCCUCAAUGAGAUCAAGGUAGAACCUACAGAUAAACUUAAGUCACAAUUAGAUAAAUUCUUUGCUUUAGAGGAGAGUGGGGUGCAGUGUGACACAAGAUGCCUUAAAUGCCUGUGUAAGGGUUGCCCUGUAAGUGACUGUGUCAAUAUUAAGGAAGAAAGAGAACUGAAAUUGAUUGAGGAGGGAUUAGUAUAUCAUGAAGAAGGGAAGUAUUGGACAGCAAGCUAUCCUUGGAUAAGGGACCCGAGACAUCUUAAGAACAAUGUAAAAGUGGCUGUGGCUAGAUUAAAAACUACAGAAAAUAGACUGAAAAAAUUGGAUAUCCAGUAUGCCAAGAGUUAUCACAAUGAAAUCAAGGACAUGGUGAAAAGGGGGGUAGCGAGACAAUUAAGUGAAGAGGAAAUGCAGUCAUACAAUGGCCCAAUUCACUACAUUUCCCAUCAUGAAGUAUUGAAACCAGAUUCUGCUUCAACACCUCUGCGUAUUGUAUUUAACUCAUCUUCAUCAUACAUGGGACAAAAACUUAAUGAUUUUUGGGCAAAAGGGCCAGUUGUUCUUAAUAACAUGAUUGGAGUCUUGCUAAGAUUUAGACAGGAAAGGGUUGCCAUAACUGGUGAUAUAUCAAAAAUGUAUCAUUCUGUGAAAAUCAACACACUGGACCAACACACACACCGAUUUCUUUGGAGAGAUUUAAACAGUAACAGACCACCUGAUCACUAUGCCCUGACCUCAGUGACUUUCGGGGAUAGGCCGAGUGGGACCAUAGCUGUGGGGCAUACUACAGAAAAAUUUGGUAAAGGAGAUCCUGAAGUUUAUAACACGAUUGUAAACAACACAUAUGUUGAUGAUAUUCUCUAUUCCAUUGAUACGGUAGAAAAGGCUUUUGAUUUGAUACAAAGAGCAGAACAUGUAAUAUCUCUUGGAAACUUUCAUGUGAAGCAUUGGAUAGUAAGUGGGCAACAUGAGAACCAUAGUAUCAACAUCAUGGAAUCUGACAAUGGAGUAAUUUUAGUGGGUCAAAGAAUAUCAAAAUGGUUAAAGGAAAACUGGAAUCAAGAUCACUUCAUGUUGAUACCAGCUAACCACCCAGUUACUAGACUGUAUGUGUCCAGCUUACAUAGUAGAGAUCAUGCAGGUAUUGAAACCACCUUGGCCAAGUUACAGAGUAAGUUUUGGGUGCCGGGAGCCAGGAAAUUAAUAAAGUCAAUUAAAGAUAAAUGUGUCACAUGUAGAAAACUCUCAAAACAAACUGAGAACCAGUGUAUGGGUCAGGUGUUAGAAGAAAGAAUGAAGCCAACUCCACCAUUCUAUCAUACUGCUGUCGAUUUGUUUGGACCAUUCAAUAUUAAGGACACUGUUAAAAGGAGAACUCAUGGUAAGGUAUAUGGGGUAAUAUUCAACUGCUUAGUUACUAGGGCAGUUUAUGUAGAUUUGGCAGAAGGAUACAGUGCAAGUGAUUUCAUGGCAACUUAUCAAAGAUUCAUCUCAGUCAGGGGUGCACCCAGAAUACUGUAUUCUGACAGAGGGAGCCAGCUGAUAGCAGCUGGAAAGAAUAUUGAAAGAAUUGGAAAAAAUGAAGGAGUUACUUGGAAAUAUAAUAGACCUAGUGAUGCACCGUGGUACAAUGGUGCCAGUGAAUCCCUUAUCAAAUCAGUGAAAAGAAAUCUUUGUAUUGCAAUUGGGGAUUCAGUAUUAACUUUUGGUGAACUUCAGACAGCCUUAUUUAAUGUAGCCAGUAUGAUGGAACUUGGUAAUUACGUCUGCCCUAAUGAUCUAUUGCUUGGACGAGCUAGUGUAAAAUGUCCACAGGGAAUAAAUGAAUCAGAUGGAGACCAUAUAAGAAGAUUAGAGUUUAUUCAGAAAAUUGUUGAAUCAUUUUGGAGAAAAUGGCAGAGAGAUUUCUUUCCAACGAUGGUAGUAAGACAAAAAUGGCACACCAAUAGGAGAAAUGUAAGAGUGCGUGAUGUGGUUUUAGUUCAAGAUGCUAAUGCAGUUAGAAGAACCUGGAAAUUAGCUCAAGUAAUAAAGGCAGAUCCAGGUCGUGAUGGUGCUGUAAGAGAUGUAGACUUAUGGUAUAAGAUAGUCAAGGAAGGUAAAGGAUAUGAUGGAGCGACAGACAAAGUCAUGAGUAGAAAAUGUAAGUUGUGUUCUGUUGGAAUGGGAGAAGUUUGGUACGCUUCUUUGUGGUGUUUUGUUUCACCCACUACCUGUGAACAUAGUCGGCCUGGCGGGUUGUCUAAGCCGGCCCACCAAUGUACUGUGGGUUGUUGUGUUGGGUGGUCCUCUGUGCUACAGAUGGAGAAUGUAGGGACGCCCUGGACUUCAUGUCGGUUGGUGUGUUGGUUGGUCCUCCGUGCUACAGGUCGAAACACUUCAAGCAAUAAACACCUGUUACGAUUUGUGGUUUAUUACACAUUUGGAAUCCCCAACAUAACUGUCCAUGCUUUUAAGACCAAACUGGAGAUUACUCCCCUCCCAUAA